AUGGUUCAUCAUACGAUCUCGGAAUAUCAGCAUGGGUUUGUGAAAAAGCGUUCAACGAUUACUAACCUGAUGUCGUAUGUUUCUACGGUGACGAAUGCACUUAAGAAGCGUCAGCAGAUCGAUGCGGUCUAUGUGGAUCUCGCUAAAGCGUUCGACAGGGUACCGCAUGCCUUGAUGGUAACGAAGCUGGUUUGUUGUGAAGAACCCUCGGCCAUCGAGUCGGAAACACGGACAAACACCUUUCCACUUCCAACUACUACCACAACUACUGAAGCACCGACAACUAUUGAGGCACCGACAACUAGUGAAGCACCGACAACUGUUGAGGCACCGACAACUAGUGAAGCACCGAUACGCCCACGCACGGUACCAGCACUACCGAAUGAGACGGUUUGCGGUAUCGACAAUGUGGGUGAACGAAUCUACGGAGGGACCGUCACUGAACUGGACCAAUUCCGAUGGACCGUUGCUUUGGAGUACAACACAAAUGGUUCCAGGAACAUAAAAUGCGGUGGAACACUGAUCAACACACGUUUCGUUAUCACAGCUGCACACUGUGUUUGGAAAAUUACACCUGAACAAUUAACUUUACGUUUGGGAGAGUGGGACCUAGAUCGAGAUCCCGAUUGUGAUGAAGACGAUAAUUGCAACGAUCCGGUACGUUUAGAAAAAGUUGACCGAAUAAUAGUGCACCCAGAUUUCAAGAAUACUAGAACCAAUGAUAUUGCACUACUAAGAAUGACAACGGCUCUACCUGAAAACUACACAAAUUACAUUCUUCCGGUCUGUCUGCCGAGGACACAGGCACUUCUAAGCAAUUUAUUUACAAAUUACAAUGUAACCGUGGUAGGAUGGGGAGUUACUGAAGCUGGACGCAACAGCUCUCGCAAAAUGAGCGUCAGCUUAGUGGUCACCAGUUUGCCAAGUUGUAUGAAUAGUUUGAGAAGAUCUUUAACAAGAACAACAUUAAAUGAAUUACAUAUUUGUGCUGCAUCACCAACGCAUCAGAUUCGCGAUUCUUGUACUGGUGAUUCCGGUGGCCCGUUAAUAACUAAUUUAAACGGUAACUGGUAUUUGGUGGGAAUUGUAAGUUUUGGUCUACCGUGCAGAGGAGCGCGAAGUCCAGGUGUUUAUGUUAGAGUGAGCAGCUACAUGGAAUGGAUAGAAAAAGUUGUUUUAGACAAUGAAAUACCAAUUCCCUUCCCACCCCUGCCACCUAUUCCCUUCCCACUUCAAACCACACACUUUAAUACCACAAAUAAUGAAACACCGAAACGUACACGCACGGAAGCAGCACUACCGGAUGAGACGGUUUGCGGUAUCGACAGUGCGGCCGAACGAAUCUACGGGGGAUCAACCACCGAAUUAGACCAGUUUCGAUGGACGGUAGCUUUGGAGUACAACAUACAUGGUUCCAGGAACAUAUUUUGCGGUGGAACACUGAUCAACACACGUUUUGUUAUCACAGCUGCACACUGUGUUAUUACAACUACUCUUGAACAAUUGAUUCUACGUUUGGGGGAGUGGGACCUGGAUCAAGACCCCGAUUGUGAUGAAGAUGAUAAUUGCAACGAGCCGGUGCGCUUUGAAAAAGUAGACCGAAUAAUAGUGCACCCAGAUUAUAAAGGAUUAAAAGUACAUGAUAUUGCACUGCUAAGAAUGAAAACAGCUCUACAUCAAGAUUACACGAAUUUUAUUCUUCCAGUGUGUCUGCCUAGGACACAAGCACUUCUCAGACAUCCGUUUACAGACUACAAUGUGACCGCGGUUGGAUGGGGAUUCACUGAAUCUGGAGAAACAAGUUCUCGCAAAAUGAGCGUCAGCUUAGUGGUCACCAGUUUGCAAAACUGCAAUAAAAAUUUGAAACCAUUUUUGCACAACAGUGUUUUAAAUGAAUCGCACAUUUGUGCUCAAUCACCAACGUAUGAAAAACGUGAUGCUUGUCGAGGUGACUCAGGUGGUCCGUUAAUCACUAAUUUAGAUGGCAACUGGUAUCUGGUCGGAAUUGUAAGUUUUGGUCUAGCAUGCGGCAGGACACAUUUUCCAGGUGUUUAUACUAGGGUAAACAGCUACAUGGACUGGAUAAAUGAAAACAUUGAUUAG